AUCAUGGGGCCGGCGCGAUCUAGGCAAACGACACACCAUCAUGAACCGCAUUUCCAAAGCUGAGGGGGAAGCAAGUUUCCGACUUUUUGCAUCACCGAGGCGUUCUUGUUUUUUCGUUGUUGCUUCUAUAUCCCCAACUGUCUUAAUAUUUGUCUUUACUUCCCCAAAUCCAUUCAUCACCACCACGUUUUUCCUGGUCUUCACCAACGACACAUCGAUCCACUUUGUCCCAUCAUCACUUAGAACUGCUUCAUCUUUUUUUUUCACAGAGCCCCUUUCGCGAUAUACACUUACUACUAUCCUUUCCCCGAUCCAGGGAGGCUUGCAUUAGACACAAGGCGCAAACGGGGGGUUGCGGGGCGGGCGGGAUCUUCCUUUCCAUGCUAUCACUUGGCGCGAACCUAGCACAUCCUUGUCUAACUCACUAUCG